AACAGCAUUGUGGGUGAUACCACCCCUCUCCCGCCUGCCAGUCAGGAUCCCGUCGAGGAUGACAAGCUCUUAGAGAAGCAUCCUUGGAUUGAGCCUCCCAUCCGCAUGGACUACGGGUACAAUGUGAAAGUGGGAGAAGGCGCUUUCAUCAAUUUUGACUGUGUCAUCAUCGACACCUGCUUGGUGACCAUUGGGGCGCGCACCUUGUUCGGUCCCAAGGUCAGUCUCUAUAGCGGCACGCACCCUCUUGAUCCAGCCGUGCGCAACGGAACGCAAGGUCCAGAGUCGGGGAAAGAAAUCCAUAUUGGUGAGGAUUGCUGGCUCGCAGGGAAUGUGACUGUGUUGCCGGGAGUGACGAUCGGAAAAGGUGCGGUUAUUGGAGCUGGAAGUGUGGUGACCAAGGUACGUUCGAGACUGCUUACCAUUCUUGGGAUCUUGUGUGAGGGUCAAAAAUGGUCUUUGCUGAUAAGGAUGGUUGCCAUGCUAGGAUGUUCCCGCGUUUCAUUUGGCCGUGGGAAACCCAGCGAGGGUGAUUCGCAAGAUUGAAACCUCGAUGAAGGAGUAACUUGAUCGUGUUCGUUGCUUGAUACUUUUUUCGCAGUGAUGCAUGUGAAUAGAGUUUGUGUCGGUCGUGGUUAAUUGUGCGCUUAAACACUGAGGUU